AUGCAGAUUCAGAAAGACCACUGCCACUGUUCCGCUUUAAUCGGGCUACUCGACGCUAAAUUAGAGACUGACUCAAAACGAGGGAGGGCUGGUGGGGCUGCUCUGUACUUACAUGCAACCCUACCAAUCCCGAUUGUCCUCUCUGACACCACCCCUGCACCCUAUUACGAUGCACUAUGGGUCCAAAUCCCGCUGCGCGGCUCCGAUUCUCUCCUUCUCGGCGUGGUCCACCGUAGCCCCUCGAGUCCCCCUGAUGAUGACCAACUCCUCAUACAAACACUUGAGCAACGCUCCUCCAGCUACCACUUAACUCAUCUCCUCGCUUCGAAUCAGGCGGACCUUUUGCAGCGGCGCGGACUGAAGUCGUUCAACAGAGCGCUUGGACUCAACAUGUCGUUGCACCCACCAGGUACCAUCCCUCCUGGACUUGAUCAUCACCAACGAAAGACACUUCAACUGUUAUUCAUUCAAACCGGCUGGUGCUCGGUCUACACUCACACGGUCCUUCAACAAAAGGGAAAUUGUCCGUGA